GACCAUGGAUUCCUUCGCGGAGGGCCUGCUCCACGAAGAUAAGCUAAAGGACACGCAGGACAGCCUCAUCACUAUGAUUUUUGGUGUGGGAGCAGCUGUUGCAGCCUUCCCACCCGUCAUGGACCUUUGCGUGUCUUUCUUGGGUCGCAAGGGUGCAGUGAUUGCUGGUGGGGCAAUCUUCUGCUUGGGGUCCGGCUUGCAAGCGCUUGCCUGCAAUAUGACCAUGAUGCUUAUGGGGCGCGUCAUCGCUGGCUUCUCCGUGGGCUUGUUGUCUGGAAACGCCCCAGUGUACACCAGCGAGAUUGCGCCGCCGAAGCUGCGUGGUGCCCUGGUAACCGGCUUCCAGUUUGCAAUUACUGUUGGAAUCAUGCUUGCAUUUCUAUUGGCCCUUGUCUUGGAAGAUGUGGAGAAACCGUAUGGUGGCUGGCGCUGGGUUAUUGCUGCCCAGAUAGUGCCGGGGCUAUUGUUGGUCUUUGGUGGCAUGGUGAUGCCUGGGUCUCCACGGUACCUGGUGGCGCAAGGCAAGCCAAACGAGGCGCUGAAGAUGUUGCUCAAGCUGCGCACCCUGAAGGAUGUGCGUGUAGAGUUGGCCCAGAUCUUGCAAGAGCACGAGGCAGAAUCAGCUACUCACACCAGCUGGGGAGAGUUCCUCUCAGGGGACAACUUAAAGCUCCUGGGCAUUGGCGUCAGCAUCCAGUUGCUUCAGCAGCUCUGUGGAAUGAACGCCUUCAUGUACGAUGGCCCUUUGAUCUUCAACAAGCUCUUUGGGUCUGAACAUGCUGGAAGGCUCUUCACAUUGGUUUCAGGUGUGGUCAACAUCUUUGCCACCAUCCCGGGACUCUUUUUGGUGGAUCGGUAUGGCCGUACCUUGCUGAUGAAGUGGUCAGCCAUUGGAAUGAUGAUUUGCUCAGCGGUUCUGGCUAGUGUGGGUGAUGUAUGCUUCCAGGAGAUGGGUGCUUCCAAGGAAACAUUAUUAUUGGCAGAGGGGACAGCGACCGUGGCCAUUUGUGGCUUCAUCCUGAACUUUGCCUACGGAUGGGGUGGAAUGGCUUGGGUCUACUGUGCCGAGAUGUUUCCACAGAAACACCGAACAAAGGGUGUCGCUGCCACGACCGAUGCGAAUUGGGUGGGGAAUAUCCUCAUUGCAUUCUUGCCGCCCAUCAUGUUUGCCAACUGGGGAUUCAACACCUUCUGGCUCUUUGUGGGAACAAACUGCUUGUGCUUCUUCUGUGCCGUGUCCUUGCCCGAAACAAAGGAGGGGACAAAAGCCUUGAGGAGAUCACUCAGAUGUUUAAUGAUUGGCUGCAUCCAGUUGAAAUGGAUGACAAACCUGAGAUCUUAGAGGCAUGAAUUGCUGAGACAAAGGACGUAGAAGAGCUUUCAUACACUUUCAUACGUUCUAGCUUUCGAGAUAAUUCACUUUUGAUUUUUGAAAUAGGUGUGUAAGAGCCUGUACAGCAGGGCCAGCUUUGCGCGGCCACUCAUAAAGAAUCUAUAUAUACUCUAAGUUGCGUGCAAGGGCAUGCUGGAAGUGAGUGUUUAAACUGACAAGGACUCCGAGUACAGAACGGGGGACCUUCUUUCGACCUGAAGCCAUUUCACGGGAGGUGCUGCUUCGGGAGGCAAGGGUGCUUGCCUCCUCUGGGUCUUUCCACAAUCUAGAGCUUUUUGCAUGCAAGUUAUGGGAUUUAGAAUGUCAUGGAAUUAGAAUUGUGGAAAGGACGGAGUCAUUGUUUGCCAAAGAGCAUAUGUAUAAUCUGAGCAUAUCUGAGCGUUUUGGCACUGCUGUGAAGCAGUCGAAUUAGCUCAGACUCAUGCUGGUGAAAAAUGAGCCUCGGACAAAACUACCGCUGUGCCAAAACAACUGG